AUGACUGAACCAUCUAGCUCAAAAGACAUAUCAAAUAUUAAGGCAAGUAUAUCUACUGAAUCAUCCCAUACCUCUAAUUCGGAAAAUAUGAUAAGUGAGGAUAACAAAUCUUUACCGGAGACUAAG